AUGCCUAAGGAAGACGUUCGAUCGGUAUCGGAGGAUGCCAGCGGCCUCCCCGCUGGUUCUCACGCGCGAUUCCAGAAGAAUGCCGUCCAGGACUCUGAAACGGGCGAGCUCUAUCUCGGUCCUGAGCAGUUCAUCGACGCUGUCGCGCCCGCCGACGAAGAUUACCACAAGGUAAAGCGCGAACAGUAUAGCAUCCUCUUCCACGUCGCGGAUCGGAGAGGAUCGGGCCAGGUGACUCUAAGCGACUGGACCGCGUUCGAGAAUGUCCUACAGAAGCCUGAUGCGGAGUAUGAAAUAGCCAUCCCCUUUGAUUGGAACUGUGAGUGGGCGAGGCUGUACACCGGCGUUAAGACGCCCCGACAAGAGUUGGACUACAAUCAAUUCUCCCAGAUGCUCCGGGGUCUCCAGGGUGAGAGGAUUAGACAGGCUUUCCAGCUCUUUGACACGGAUGGGGAUGGCUUCAUCGAACCCCAGAACUUUGAGCGCAUCAUUCUCGAGACAGCCAAGCACAAGCUGUCGGAUCACGUCAUUCAGAACCUCAGCUCCCUAUGCAACAUUUCCCAGGGCAGUAAAAUCUCGUACGCCAAUGUCAGGGCGUUCCAAAACAUGAUCAAGGAGAUGGACCUGGUCGAACUCAUCGUUCGCAAGGCUUGCGCGAAGAGCGCAGAUGGUAAGAUCACGCGCACCGAAUUCCUCAACCAGGCCGCCAAGACAACGCGCUUUUCUCUCUUCACCCCCAUGGAGGCCGAUAUCCUCUUCCACUUUGCCAGUCUCAGCGAGCCCUCUGGUAGGCUAGGGUUAGUCGACUUUGCCAAGGUCCUCGAUCCCUCGUGGCGCCAGGUCUCGUACGAGCCAGAGGAUGCGCACAAGUCCAAACCCAAGAGCAACUCGUUCCUUCACAGCGUCCUUGCUUCCUCCUACAGCUUCGCCCUCGGAAGUAUCGCUGGUGCUUUUGGUGCCUUCAUGGUGUACCCCAUUGAUCUCGUCAAGACCCGCAUGCAGAACCAGCGAAGCGCGCUACCAGGUCAGCGGCUGUAUAAGAACUCGAUCGACUGUUUCCAGAAGGUCAUUCGCAACGAGGGUGUCCUUGGUCUAUAUUCGGGUGUCCUUCCCCAGCUCGUCGGUGUCGCACCUGAGAAGGCUAUCAAGCUGACAGUCAAUGACUUGGUUCGAAAACACUUCACUGGCAAGGACGGAAACAUUUGGUGGAUGCACGAGGUUAUCGCCGGUGGUACCGCCGGUGCAUGCCAGGUCGUCUUUACCAAUCCUCUCGAGAUCGUCAAAAUCCGGCUCCAGGUGCAGGGAGAAAUGGCCAAGGCUGUUGAUGGCCCGCCCAAGAGGUCCGCAAUCUGGAUCGUCAAGAACCUUGGUCUCAAGGGGUUGUACAAGGGUGCCUCAGCUUGUCUCCUCCGUGACGUUCCCUUCUCAGCCAUCUACUUCCCUGCCUACAGCCACCUCAAGCGGGAUCUCUUUGGCGAGUCGCCGACCAAAAAGCUCAGCGUCUUUGAGCUCUUGACUUCCGGUGCCAUCGCCGGUAUGCCCGCUGCUUACCUGACUACACCUUGCGACGUUAUCAAGACGCGUCUUCAGGUUGAGGCAAGAAAGGGUGAAAGCCAGUAUAACGGCCUGCGACACUGCGCCAAGACCAUUCUGAAGGAGGAAGGCUUCAAGGCGUUCUUCAAGGGCGGCCCCGCGCGUAUCCUUCGAUCGUCGCCCCAGUUCGGUUUCACCCUCGCGGCGUAUGAGGUGCUGCAGAACACGUUCCCUUUCCCCGGACAGGCGAAGGAAGUGCAGGCCCUCACUGAGGCUUCGGCGACGCUCAAGGAGAAGUAUGACCCCACACCAUUUGGCAGGAGCCGCAAUGCGCUGAAGAUUAUCCUCGACUUGGACGAGGACUUUGGAAAGCUCAAGUUCCCCAAUCAAGCCGCCUGGAAGUCCCUCCCUAGGUCAAUGGGUGGUGGUUCUUCUUAA